GUGUCUUUGGAAUCCAACUCCUCCAUGAAUUCCAAUACUCCACUGGUCAGGGUGACCCGUCUGUCCUCCAGCGACGGCCCGAUGCUGGCCCACGUUUCGGAGCUCGAACUGCCUGCUGAUCCCAAGUGGGAGUUGGCAAGGUCACGCCUGACGCUUGGGAAGCCGCUGGGUGAGGGCUGUUUUGGUCAAGUCGUGAUGGCAGAAGCUAUUGGGAUCGAUAAGGAGAAGCCAAACAAGCCGAUAACCGUCGCCGUCAAGAUGCUGAAAG